AAAAAAAAGACGUCAAGAAAGUCCAACGAUGACUGACUCCAACUCCCAACGCAACUCAAACUCCUCACUGAAAUCUAGAUGCGCCACCCUCCCAUCCUGCAAACUCAACUAUUAUUUGAUCCAUAAAUCUAUUCCUACCCGAGCUUCAGCUUAUACCAUUAGCUUCAACUUGCGGCAUAGCUUCGCACCGCCAAACACAGGCUGAGAAUGAUUGCUUCGUGAUACCGGUGUCAUGCAGUCUGCAGAGGCUGUACAAAUCGACCUGGGAAAAGCCCAGGUUGUGGAUCGCGUGCCAAAGGUCAUCAAGGAGAUAAAAUUCGGCGUCCUCUCGACCCAAGAUAUCGUCAGUCAAGCCGUCGUUGAGGUUUCGGAUAGGAAGCUCUUCGAUCUCGAAAAUGACCGCGCCGUCGCCCCCCACGGCCCUCUCGACGGGCGCAUGGGAAUAUCUAGUAAGUCGGGUACCUGCGACACAUGCGGCGGAGCAUUACAAGUCUGCAGCGGGCAUUUCGGUCAUGUAAGGCUGGUUCUACCGGCUUUCCAUGUGGGUUAUUUUAAACGGGUUAUCAGUAUUCUUCAGGAGAUUUGCAAGGAAUGCUCCCAUAUCCUCCUUCCCGAAAAUGAGCGGCGGGCGUUUCUUAGAGAAUUAAGACGGCCUGGUAUAGAUAACCUCAGGCGUAUGCAGAUUGCGAAAAAGAUCAACGAGCGAUGUCGAAAGACGCGCACCUGCUACAGAUGCAACGCAGUCAACGGCGUAGUGAAGAAAGCUGGAACAAGCGCACUGAAAAUCACGCACGAGAAGUUCCGUGCCUUCAACGCAUCGUCGUCCGUGAAGAAGAUUCCCCCGCCUAGCAAAGUCGUCUUCGAUCAGUCGUUCGAGGAAGCAAAGAAGAGCAAUCCGGAUAUCGAGAAACAUUUCAAAAAGGCACAUGACGAUCUACACCCACUGCGCGUGCUGAAGCUGUUUCGCAGCGUUUCGGACAAAGACUGCGAGCUUCUUGGUCUGAAUCCCGAGGAGGCUCGACCAGAAGUGUUUCUUUGGCAGUAUAUUCCCGCUCCACCAGUGUGUAUCCGACCGUCGGUUGGGCAGGAAGCUGCCAGUACCGAAGAUGACUUGACAGCAAAACUUGGGGAUAUCAUCCAGAGUAAUAUCAAUCUCAAAAACGCACUCUACAAAGGCGCACCGGUACAAACCAUUAUCGAAUGCUGGGAUUAUAUGCAGCUGCAGCUUGCGGUGUAUAUCAAUAGUGAUGUGCCGGGGUUGCAGAAGGCUGAUUUCGGAAAACCCAUUCGGGGCUUCUGCCAACGACUCAAGGGAAAACAAGGGCGAUUCCGAGGAAACCUUUCAGGGAAACGAGUGGACUUCUCCGCCAGAACCGUCAUUUCUCCCGAUCCGAAUCUUCGAGUUGAUGAGGUUGCUGUGCCUCAACUGAUUGCCAUGAACAUGACAUAUCCUGAGCAGGUAACAAGAUACAACAAGGAAAAGCUGCGACAGCGAAUUCGAAACGGCACAAAGACUUGGCCAGGAGCAAAUUAUGUUUUCAAGAAGAGCCAGAAUUUUAAGAUGAACUUGAAAUUUGGUAACCCUAACCUGGUUGCCAAUGACUUGGAAGAAGGGGAUAUUGUCGAGAGACAUAUUGAAGAUGGAGAUAUUGUUCUGUUCAACCGACAACCGUCCCUCCACAAACUCAGUAUCCUCUCUCAUUUUGCUAAAGUUAGACCGCACAGAACCUUCCGCCUUAACGAGUGUGUCUGUAACCCCUACAACGCCGAUUUUGACGGCGAUGAAAUGAAUCUACAUGUCCCUCAGACCGAAGAAGCGCGAGCUGAAGCGAUGGAAUUGAUGGGAGUUAAAAAUAACCUGGCAACGCCAAAAAACGGCGAACCUAUCAUUUCCGCUAUUCAGGAUUUCAUUACUGCUGCUUACAUGCUGAGCAGUAAGGAUGUUUUCUACGAUCGCAAAGCUUUCACACACAUCUGCCUUUACAUGCUACAAUCUGAUACCCGAUUUGACCUUCCUCCUCCCUCGGUAAUAAAGCCUCAAAUGUUGUGGACAGGGAAACAAAUCUUCAACGUGUUGAUGCGGCCCAACAAACAAUCCCCAGUAUUAGUUAACCUAGAUGCAGCAUGUCGAGGAUUCAAAGCACCGAAAGGAACUCCUCGUGACUUGGACGCCAACGAUGGAUGGCUCUGCAUUCGCAAUUCCGAGGUCAUGUGCGGUGUCAUGGAUAAAUCUACCAUCGGAUCCGGCAAGAAGGAUUCAGUAUUUUAUGUUAUGCUUCGAGAUUUCGGUCCUGAAGUCGCAGCUGAGGGCAUGAACCGGCUCUCAAGGCUUUCCGCCAGAUGGUUCACCAACAUGGGUUUCUCAAUCGGUAUCACAGAUGUAUAUCCUGGCGACAAACUACUAGAAGAGAAAUCCCAUAUUGUAGAAGACGCCUACGCACAGUGUGACGAAGUUAUUCAAUUAUUUAGAACCGGGAAACUCGAGAAGGCUCCUGGAUGUGACGAGCAGAUGACAAUGGAAAACACGAUAUCCGGUAUACUCAGUAAAGUUCGACAGCAAGCUGGAGCGAUAUGUAUCGCAGAACUGAGCCGAUGGAAUUCUCCUUUGAUAAUGGCCACUUCCGGGUCCAAGGGUUCGGAUAUUAACGUCGCUCAGAUGGUCGCCCUCGUCGGCCAACAAAUUAUUGGAGGCCAACGGGUUCAGGAUGGCUUUCAGGAUCGAACAUUACCUCACUUCCCCAAACAUGCCCGCCAACCUCCUGCGAAAGGUUUCGUGCGGAAUAGUUUUUUUUCGGGGUUGACGCCGACAGAGUUUCUUUUUCAUGCCAUUUCUGGAAGAGAAGGUCUUGUCGAUACAGCUGUUAAGACUGCAGAAACUGGCUAUAUGUCCCGUCGAUUGAUGAAAUCGCUUGAGGAUCUGUCGUCGCGGUACGAUGAUACUGUAAGGAACUCGUCUUCAAAUAUUGUACAGUUCCAGUACGGCGAUGAUAAAUUGGACCCGGUCGAUAUGGAGGGCCGAGCUAGACCUGUCCAUUUCGAUCGUACAUUUACUCACUGUGAAGUGACCACUUUUGACAAUUCUGACAAGGGCCUUCUUCCAGAUGAGAUAAUCACCUUGUGCCAAAACUUGCUCGCUCCGGCGCGCGCUAAGCUUACAAGAUUUGACCUGUUGGGCAAGAAUUUAGAUUACAACGACCGAAGUGAUCACGGCAUCGAUCAACUGGAAAGCGCCAGAGAUUUUCUUCAGUCCAUUGAGGAUUAUGUACGUGCGAAAGCUGAAAGAUUGAGGGCCAUCGACGGUGGAACUAAGCGACGGGGAAGGGGUAUAGAUCAUACCGCCAAGGUGUCAACCAACGCUCUCACCUCAUUCAUCACCGCCUGCUUAACCAAGUACAAGAGAGCCCAAGUUGAGCCUGGCCAUGCAGUUGGUGCUGUCGGUGCACAAUCAAUUGGAGAACCGGGCACGCAGAUGACAUUGAAAACUUUCCAUUUCGCUGGUGUUGCGGGUAUGAGCAUCACUCAGGGUGUACCGCGUAUCAAGGAAAUUAUCAAUGCCUCCAAGGAGAUCAGUACACCAGUUAUCACUUGUGAGCUGGUCAAUAAACAUGAUCUUCGUGCGGCACAGAUUGUUAAAGGCCGAGUUGAAAAGACCUUUAUCCGCGAUAUCAUUUAUUACAUCGAAGAAGACUGGACCGGCAACGAAGCGUACAUCAAUAUCAAAAUCGACUUCUCCACCAUUCAAAACCUUCAGCUCGAACUAAACCUCCAAGAUAUCCUUGUGGCCAUAAAGAAACACAAGCGAUUCAAAUCCGCAGAUUUGAAGUUCCGCUCCUUUGGCUCACAUAUCCACAUCUUCGUCGACCAACACGCUACCCGAACGGCUCUCUCCAAGACUGAAGAAGCCGCUACUGGUGCCGACCCAUACAUCCGCCUCAAACACCUCAAGCGCCUCAUCCCCAACAUCCAGGUUAUUGGCCAUCCCCAAUGUGCCCGAGCCAUUAUACGCACAGACGAAACAAACACCACCAACACCUUGCUUGUUGAAGGCUACGGCCUGCGCGACUGCAUGACCACCGACGGCAUCAACGGCCACCACACACGCACAAAUAAUAUCAUGGAAGCCCGCACUGUGCUCGGCAUUGAAGCUGCGCGGACCACCAUCGUCGAUGAAAUUAGCGAGGUCAUGAAAGACAUGAGCAUCGACCCACGGCACAUGCAGUUACUCGCCGACGUCAUGACAUACAAGGGGGAGGUGUUGGGGAUUACACGCUUUGGCCUCGCCAAGAUGCGCGAUUCCGUGCUACAGCUGGCUAGUUUCGAGAAGACGGCUGAUCAUCUAUUCGAUGCGGGUGGGGCGGGGAGGACGGAUCUUAUCGAGGGUGUUUCAGAGUGUAUCAUUGUGGGAAAAAGUGUGUCGCUAGGCACAGGGGCGAUGGAAGUGGUACGUGCGCUAAACUUUUAUGAGGGUCAGAUUGGGCGGAGGAAGACGGCCUUUGAAGACGCGUGGGUGGAUAUCUGUGAACGUGGGGGGCGUGCAGCUAGGGCGGCGGACAGAGGAGCAGGGCCGAGGGCUGCGAAGAAACAGAGGAGGGAGGGCGUAUAAGGAGCAUAAUGUAAUUUAAAAACGUUUUUAUUGUCCCUCUAUUAGUUCGUGUUUCAUAUAGACGCACCCCCUCCUCUCCCCCGGGACAUUCAGCGCUCUGAUGCUAUGUAUUUAUGAUCUGAUUUAUGUUAUGCAUGUACGUAUAUAUUGAUUGACGCUUGGAUGACAUAGACUACAAUAAAGGGGAUUAGGAAAAUUGAGAGCAUCAGGAAGCGUUGUCCGUUGAAUAUCUAUCUAUUCACAUGACUUUCUUGAAAGGCUCGAUCGAGUGUCUAGCAGUACAAACAUCAACAUCCAGACAUCAUGCACGAAAUCCUAGGUAUUCUAUUUGUCGGAGCACGGCUCAAGCCAAAAAAAGAAAA